UGGUUUUCAGAUUUUGGAUAAGAGGCCGGGGAGCGAGAGGAAGAGAGAGGGAGUGAAAAGUUGAAGCCGGACAAAAAUGGUGGCUGCGAAGCUGGUACCUGAUUGUUCAAAUGCAAUUACAGCGAUAAAGCCUUCGUCUCUACUCAAUUCUUUGUUCAAUCAUCGCCAUCCUACUCCUAUUGGUGCCUUUUGCCAUUCUCGAAACUUUCAACAACCUCCUCGGAGUUUAACUACCAUCAGAGCUUCUGCGCUGAACCGUCGGGACUUCAUUGCCGACACUGCCACUGCCGCUGCUGCGCUUUCGCUUGCGCCAUUGAUUGGGCUGGAUACCACCUCCGUUGCCAAAGCUGAUGACCUUUCUGAAUGGGAGAGAGUUUACCUUCCGAUUGAUCCUGGCGUUGUCCUUCUGGACAUCGCUUUUGUCCCUGAAGACCCUUCUCAUGGUUUUCUGUUGGGGACAAGACAAACUCUUUUAGAGACUAAAGAUGGUGGAAGCACAUGGGUGUCUCGCUCAAUAUCUUCAGCAGAAGAUGAAGAUUUUAAUUACAGGUUUAAUUCCAUAAGUUUCAAGGGAAAAGAAGGGUGGAUUGUUGGAAAGCCUGCAAUUCUUUUACAUACAUCAGACUCUGGAGAUAGUUGGGAACGCAUACCAUUAAGUGCUGAACUCCCAGGGGACAUAGUAUAUAUAAAGGCAACUGAAGAAAACAGUGCAGAAAUGGUAACCGAUGAAGGUGCAAUAUAUGUUACAUCAAACAGAGGUUACAACUGGAAAGCAGCAGUGCAAGAAACUGUUUCGGCUACUCUUAACAGAACAGUUUCUAGUGGUAUUAGUGGGGCUAGUUACUAUACAGGCACCUUCAACACAGUGAAUCGUUCCCCUGAAGGAAACUAUGUUGCUGUUUCUAGUCGUGGUAACUUUUACCUCACUUGGGAACCAGGACAGCCAUACUGGCAACCCCAUAAUAGGGCAGUUGCAAGAAGAAUUCAAAACAUGGGUUGGAGAGCAGAUGGUGGUCUUUGGCUUCUUGUACGUGGUGGUGGUCUUUAUCUCAGCAAAGGCACAGGGAUAACAGAAGAGUUUGAAGAAAUUCCUGUACAGAGUCGUGGAUUUGGUAUUCUUGAUGUUGGUUACAAAUCAAAGGAAGAAGCUUGGGCUGCUGGAGGAAGUGGAGUUCUUUUGAAAACCACCAACAGUGGAAAGUCAUGGAGUCGUGAUAAAGCAGCUGAUAAUAUUGCUGCUAAUCUUUACUCAGUAAAGUUUAUCAAUGAUAGACAAGGAUUCGUGCUAGGAAAUGAUGGAGUCUUGCUAAAGUAUCUUGGUUGAAUUCAUGGUUUUGACAAAACUUGUAAUUUUGUAAUGCGAAAAAAGUACCAUAUACAUAAUCGGGAUAGCACGGAUAAAAUAAAUUCUUUUAUAUUGAAUUUAUGAUGUAUUUACUGAGCCACCCGACUUUGUUGCAAUUGUUUGUAAAUGAAUUCAACAAUGACACAACAAUUUAAAUAUUCUUUUAUGGUGUCUUAA